CUGCACUAAUGGGCACAGGUGGGUGGCACUGCUGGUCACUGCUGGGCACAGGUGGGUGGCACUGCUGGGCACAGGUGGGUGGCACAGGUGGGUGGCACUGCUGGGCACAGGUGGGCGGCACUGAUGGGCACAGGUGGGCAGGACUGGUGGGUGGCAUUGCUGGGCACUGAUCAUCAGGGCACUGAUCAUCAGUGCCCUGAUGAUCGGUGCCAAUCCCUGCUCUGACAACUGCCGAUUUUUGGCAGUACUUUCCUCAUGCUCUGACAGCACGAGGAAAGUGCAGCCAAGAACUGGCAAUUGCAU